AUGCUCUUUAGCAUUUACCCUAUUGUGUUCCAACAGAACCGUGGCUGGAACGCAGGCGACGGGGAACUACCACUAAUUGAAACCGUCAUUGGCGCAUGCCUCGGUGGCCUAGGGCUGUUCAUUAACACGCAAAUUGAAAGAAAAAAGCAAGCGCAAAAUGGUACAGUGGUCCCCGAGAAUCGUCUUCCGGGCGCCAUGGUCGGAGGGGUCAUGUUUGCAGUGACAAUAUUUUGGUUUGCCUGGACAGCUGAGUAUAACUCCGUCCAUUGGGCAGUGCCGACCGUUGCGGGCACCUUUCUCGCAACUUCAAUACUCCUCAUCUUCAACGCUUUCAUCAAUUAUAUCAUCGAUUCAUAUCUGAUCGAUGCCGCAUCCGCUGUUGCAGCGAAUACUAUCGUGCGAUCUGCAUGUGCCGCAGCGUCGCCACUAUUUACACAGUACAUGUUUGAUGGACUUGGAAUUGGAGGGGCUGGCUCACUUAUCGAAGUUCUGGGCCUGCUGCUACUGCCAACUCUCGUUGCCCACAUACUGGAUUGCUCCUUUCUGACUGCGCAUUCCAGUGUCAGCACUUUGAGUGUUCCCCUUCCUUACUGUAAUUAUGGACCGGGUCGGUUUAAUUAUUACCCGGUCAGCACGGCUCGAGCUUACACCCGCCGGGCGUCACCAUCGCUGGAGCACCCUUGUUACCUCCACAUACUAUGGACUUUACUUGGCUCGAGUCGCAACUUGUUUGAAUACACCCAGAAGCGCAGACGUCUUAUACACUAUGGAUCUAUCAUUGAGCUUGUUAACUUAGAAGAAUUGAAAUCUCCAUUCUCGCCUUGA